UCAGACAAUAUAAUUGUUGGCUUAGAAGUUACCGGAAGCCUAUCGGAGUCGACUCUUUCAUUUUCGCAUCGAAAUCAUACUCUUUCAAUCGCCGAUUACGCGGCUACCGUUCCAAUGCGGCCCCAACGGGAAUACCAUAUCGUCGUUUUAGGUGCUGGUGGUGUGGGAAAGAGCUGUCUUACUGCUCAAUUCGUGCAAAAUGUCUGGAUUGAGAGUUAUGACCCUACAAUCGAGGAUUCAUACCGGAAGCAGAUCGACGUGGAUGGCCGGCAAUGUAUUCUGGAAAUACUGGACACUGCAGGAACAGAACAGUUCACGGCUAUGAGAGAGUUGUACAUGAAACAAGGCCAAGGGUUUCUGCUCGUAUUCUCGAUUACGAGCAUGUCCUCGCUGAACGAGUUGUCCGAGCUCCGCGAACAAAUAAUCCGCAUCAAGGAGGAUGAGAAAGUUCCCAUCGUCAUUGUGGGCAACAAAUCCGACCUGGAAGAGGACCGCGCCGUGCCACGCGCGCGCGCCUUCGCUCUCUCCCAAACCUGGGGAAACGCUCCUUACUACGAAACGUCGGCCCGUCGACGAGCCAACGUCAACGAAGUCUUCAUUGACCUCUGCCGACAGAUCAUCCGAAAGGACUUGCAAGGAAACUCCAAGGGCUCCGACUCAGAUCGCAAACGGGAAGGUGGCAAUCGGCAGGACCGUCGAAAGGACAAAAAGCGCCAGACCCGGCGUAAGGGACCCUGCGUGAUCCUAUAAUUAGUCCUACUCGCGACCUUUCCCCGACACGACGAACGUACCACCGAAUAAACGAGAGCAAGCGCAUGGGCUAGCCCCCCUGACCACUUACUAUCUUAUAUCGCUCACCAUUACGCACAUGACUUACCCACUGCUCACUGCACAUACCCCGUCUACAAAGCCUGUCUAAUGUCGAAACACCUACUACUAUUACUACUUA